AUGGACCAGUAUGAGAAGGUCGAGAAGAUUGGUGAAGGAACGUAUGGAGUGGUCUACAAGGCUCGUGAUCGAGUGACAAAUGAAACCAUUGCUUUGAAGAAAAUCAGGCUAGAGCAGGAAGAUGAGGGUGUACCAAGCACGGCUAUUAGAGAGAUAUCUCUUUUGAAAGAGAUGAAUCAUGGAAAUAUUGUGAGGUUGCAGGAUGUGGUGCAUAAUGACAAGCGUUUAUAUCUGGUAUUUGAAUAUCUUGACUUGGACUUGAAAAAACACAUGGAUUCUUGCCCGGAAUUCUCAAAGGAUACCCGUGUGGUUAAAAUGUUCCUUUAUCAAAUACUCCGUGGUAUAUCCUAUUGCCAUUCUCAUCGUGUCCUCCACCGGGACUUGAAGCCUCAAAACUUGCUUAUUGAUCGACGUACAAAUGCAUUGAAGCUUGCAGACUUUGGAUUGGCUCGAGCAUUUGGCAUACCUGUCAGGACAUUUACCCACGAGGUUGUCACAUUAUGGUACAGGGCUCCAGAAAUACUACUUGGAUCGAGGCACUAUUCGACUCCUGUGGACAUGUGGUCCGUUGGUUGUAUAUUCGCUGAGAUGGUAAACCAACGACCAUUAUUUCCUGGGGACUCUGAGAUAGACGAACUCUUCAAAAUUUUUAGGGUGAUGGGCACCCCAACUGAAGACACCUGGCCUGGAGUGACAUCUCUACCUGACUUCAAAUCAGCGUUUCCAAAAUGGCCACCUAAGGACCUGGCAAGCGUUGUUCCAAAUCUUGAUCCAGCUGGCCUUGACCUCCUUAGUAAAAUGCUCAUCUUAGAUCCGAGCAAGAGAAUUACGGCCAGAAAAGCUCUCGAGCACCAUUACUUCAAGGAUAGCGGCUUUGUCCCUUGA